UAUUACUUUUAUUUAGAAUUGUACUGAAUUAAGGAAGUCACACAAUAGACAAUACUUUGUCCAAUAGAAAAAAACAUCUCUCUGUCCUUUCUUUGGUCCAUCUGUACACUCAGAAAAACAAAGCAUUGAGUAAUUUUCACUCUUCAAAUACUCUUAAGUGGUUAUUAUACUGUUUACGGAUAUAUAUUUUUUAAUCAAUUUACAUAAUUUCUGUAUCUGGUGCCCUACAUGAAUUUGACCUGGGCCACAUGAUUUGCAUCGUGCUGUGUAUACCCACAGGCUUUCACUUCUGCAUACAUGUAUUCAGUUUCUUGCAACUGCAGUGACGUUUGGAUACAGUUAUUUAAUCUUUCCCCUGCCCACCUGGACGAAAGAUUGCUUCAUCUUGCUCCCGAUGUGAAUGUUAAGAUACAUGCUAUACCUGUCAUGGCUAUGUUGAAGAAUGUCCUCAUCCUUUGCCAGCUGCUUCCAUUAGUGAGGACCAUAAAUACCAUCUUCUUCCCAUGUGACACUGAUAGGAAUACCACCACAGUAGACUGCUACAACAGACCACUCAAGCGUGUCCCCUUCAUCAAGUCAACUACUGUAGUGUCGCUCGAUCUAAGUCGGACUAAGAUACAUCGAGUGGGGCAGGAUGAUUUGUCGGGUGUCCAAAACCUUGAAACUCUGAAAAUAAUGGAAAAUUGUCAACCAGGUAGCCUGAGAGCUUUGGAGGACCGCUCAUGCAAAAUGGAGAUCCACUAUUAUGCAUUCAGCCUAUUGAAGCUUAAACGUCUGUAUCUGUCAGGAAACAGCCUCACCUCUAUUCCCUGGUUACCUGAAAGCCUGGAGGUUCUUGACCUACAGAAUAAUUGUAUCUUCAACAUUGUCGACCCUUUAAAAACUCCAAAUCUCGUAGAGCUCUUCCUCUCCAGGAACUGCUUUUAUGCAAACCCUUGCAACCAGUCCUUAAACAUCAGCGAGAGGGUUUUCAGAGAGCUCCCAAAACUCAAAAACCUUACCUUAGGGUACAAUAAUCUCACCGCUAUCCCUAAAGGGUUGCCACCCUCACUGCAAAGUCUGGAUUUAAGAGAGAAUACAAUCACAGAGGUCUUAGCAAGAGCAUUUGCCAACCUGACUCUCCUCACGUUUUUGAAUUUGGAGUGGAAUUGCCAGCGCUGUGACCAUGCAGCCAGACCCUGCUUUCCCUGCCCACAAAAUCUCCCGCUACGCCUACACCCAGACUCCUUCUAUGCUAAGAACAGCUCCAUCACCCACCUCAGCUUGAGAGGAAACUCCCUGAAAACAUUCCCAGAGGGUCUUUUCCUGCCUUUGGAGAAAUUGGAUGGAUUGGAUCUCUCCGACAACCUCCUGGCAUAUGCUAUACGUAACGGCACCUUCUUUGCAGAGCUGAAGGGCCUCACUUGGAUUAGCCUCAUUUAUAACUAUGAACCACAGAAGACAUUUCCGGAACUGAUCCUCUCCCCAUAUAUUGCCAAUAUGUCUGGUCUGCAAUGUCUACUUCUGAGUGGUAACUUUUUCCACACGCUUUCAAAAGAGAGUCUUAAUGUUGUGUCCAAACUACAAAAUCUAAAAACACUAGAACUGAGAAUGAACUUCAUCAAUAAUUGUAGCUUAACAGCUCUGAAGCAGUUACCGCUUCUCAUCAAUAUUGACCUCUCCCAAAACAUGCUUAAUUUCCUUCCCUGCUGCUCGAGUCCCUCCUUUGAGAUUGAGGAACAAGAAAGCUGUCAGAACCAGAAUUUGUAUACACACAAUUUCCCUGACCCACCCCUUAUGCUAAUAGAUCAAAAAGCCACAUCUGGAAGUGGUAACUGGGAAUCCAACCAUUCGAACAGGCUGGAAUCAUUUGAGGACAAUGUGUCACAAUUCCAAUCUCUGUUAGACUUUAAAAACAUUUUCUGCCGUGAUAAACUGCUGUUUGACCUGUCUCAAAAUGACAUUUUGUCUAUUAACAAAAAGGUGUUUGUUGGGAUGGAAAAUGCUGUUUGUUUAGACCUUUCCUUCAAUUACAUGAGCCAGGCAUUGAAGAUCGGGCUAUUUGAAAGCCUGAAAAAAUUAGUUGUUCUCAUUUUGUCAUACAAUAGAUUUGAUUUUUACUAUAAAGACGCUUUCAGUGAGCUUAAACCCACGCUGAAGGUAUUGGACGUUAGUAACAAUGAAUUUCACUUCAAAAUGAAAGGCAUGGGUCAUCGUUUUGAGUUCCUUCAAAAUUUGACAAAGUUGGAAGUUCUAAGUCUGGCAAACAAUGGCAUUGGGAUGCGAAUAGAUCAAAGGCUGAUCAGCAGCUCUUUGAAGUAUCUCUACUUCUAUGGAAAUCACCUGGACAUUAUGUGGGAGUCUGAUAACAACAAGUACACUCAUUUCUUUCAAAACCUUACAAACCUCACCUACCUUGACAUCUCUAACAAUGAUCUGAAGUCAGUCUCCCCAGAAGUGCUGUGUAACCUCCCAGGAAGCAUAGAGACUCUUAGCAUCAGUGACAAUUUGCUGAACUAUUUCCCAUGGCAAAAUAUCUCCGCACUCACCAAUUUAUGUCACUUGAAUCUUAGUCACAACUUCCUCUAUCAUUUGCCUUUCAAAGUCAUAGAAUUUGGAGCAAAUUUGUCUCUCUUAGACCUCAGUCACAAUCGCCUUAGUAAUAUUCCUGAGGAUUUCUUCACUAUGGCGAAAUCCUUGCACUACCUGUAUCUCAACCACAAUCAGAUCAAAGCGUUGAACCACCACUUUCUCCCUGCCCCCUUUAGAAAUGGUAGUGCCCUCCAGAAACUCACCCUGCAUGCCAACCCCUUUAAAUGUGACUGUGAUACAUCUUGGUUUGCGGACUUCUUGAGUACUACUCCAGUACAGAUUCCUUAUCUCACCACAUAUGUACACUGUGAUUACCCAGAGUCCCAGCAGGGCAAGAGUGUACUCUCUAUGGACCAGCGUUCCUGCCAGGACAUUUAUGGUAGCUUAGCCUUUGUCGUCUGUUCCUUCUUUGCUGUGGCGUUCACUGUUCUGCCCCUACUGAAGCAUCUCUAUGGCUGGGAUCUGUGGUAUUGCUUACAGGUACUCUGGGCAGGACAUAAAGGCUACUCCCAGCUCGCUGGUAGUGAUUCGCAUUAUCACUAUGAUGCUUUUGUGGUGUUUGACACCCAGAACCGGACUGUGAGGGAUUGGGUCUACAAUGAGUUAACGGUCAAUCUGGAGAACGCAGGUCACAGGAGGUUUUGUCUCUGUUUGGAGGAGAGGGACUGGAUUCCUGGGCUUUCAUGUAUUGAAAAUCUGCACAAUGCUGUCUACAGCAGUGUGAAGACAGUGUUUGUGCUGUCCAGUGGUGCCACUGGUGGUGAAACAGUGAACGGUGUGAUCCGCCAGGCUUUCUUCAUGGUUCAACAGCGGCUUCUGGACGAGAAGGUGGAUGCAGCUAUGCUGGUUCUGUUGGAUGAGAUGUUUCCCAAACUGAAGUACCUUCAGCUGAGGAAACGGUUGUGCAAAAAAUCUGUGUUGUCCUGGCCGAGAAACCCAAGGGCUCAACCCCUUUUCUGGAACCGAAUAAGAAUGGCAUUGUCAUCAGAUAACCUCCGAUUCUAUGACAACAAUAUGAGUGAAAGUUUUAUAUGACCUCCUUUCAACUGCUAAUAGAGAGCACUUGCAAAAAGCCCUUGUUGUUAAGAAUCUUUCCAUUGCAUCAUUUGGACAAACCUCCUUAACUGCAUGUGUCACAUAUAUAAUGAUACAAGGUGGAUGUUUUUAAUAUGUAACUAUGGGCCAUGUGGAGGCAGCAGAUAUGCUCUGAAUUCUGUAUUGAGUACCUUUAAAAUGUAACCACUCUUCCAUGCACUGUAAAUAUUUUACUUUUUUUAUUCUGUUGUUUUUUAUCGAACAAAAUAUGAUGUUGAUUCUUUAAUACUUGUCUUUAGUGAGCUUGGGCUGUGUAGGAAUAUGUUGUUGGCUGCAAAUCAAGACACUGUACAUUGUAUAUAGACAUUAAUAUUGGAAUAUACAAAUAAAGUUGACUUGAUUUCACUAGUAGUUCUAUUUCAAGUAUUACAAAGGAGUAAUGUUAUACUUGUG